GGUUGCGAGAGAUAACUGUACUUGUAGAGGCGAGACAACUUUUGGGCGGGCAGGUGGAGGCAGUUACGUAAGGAGUUUGGGCAAUUCCCUGAUGCGGCUGGGUUCCACGCACCACGUCUCGCUCUUUCCCCUUGCCUACUCCUACUGCAUCCCCCCUCCUCAUCCACACCGCCAAGAUGGGCUUCCGCUUCCUCGAGCUCGUGCGCCCGUUCAUGAGCAUCCUCCCCGAGGUCACUGCUCCUGAAAAGAAGGUCAUCUUCAACCACAAGAUCGCGUGGACAGCCAUCACCCUCCUCAUCUUCCUCGUCUGCUCCCAGGUCCCCCUCUACGGCAUCAUGUCCUCCGACUCCUCCGACCCCCUCUACUGGCUCAGAGCCAUCCUCGCCUCCAACAGGGGCACCCUCAUGGAGCUCGGUAUCACCCCCAUCGUCACCUCCGGCAUGAUCAUGCAGCUCCUCGCGGGUGCUCAGCUCAUCGACGUCGACUUUAGCUUGAAGGACGACCGCGCUCUUUUCGGUGCCGCCCAAAAGUUGUUCGCCAUGAUCAUCUCUCUCGGUCAGGCCACCGUCUACGUCCUCACUGGCAUGUACGGCUCCCCCUCUUCCCUCGGCGCCGGUGUCUGUCUCCUCCUCAUUCUCCAGCUCGUCUCCGCCUCCCUGAUCGUCAUCCUCCUCGAUGAGCUCCUCACCAAGGGCUACGGUCUCGGCUCCGGUAUCUCCCUCUUCAUCGCUACCAACAUCUGCGAGUCCAUCGUCUGGAAGGCCUUCUCCCCCAACACCGUCAACACCGGUCGAGGGCCCGAGUUUGAAGGUGCCAUCAUCGCCCUCUUCCACCUCCUCUUCACCUGGAACGACAAGACCCGCGCGUUGAAGGAGGCCUUCUACCGCGAGCGACUGCCCAACAUUAUGAACCUCCUCGCGACCGUCGCCGUGUUCGCCGCCGUCAUCUACCUCCAGGGCUUCCGCAUCGAGAUCCCCAUCAAGAGCUCCAAGAUGCGUGGCCAGCGAGGUACCUACCCCGUCAAGCUGUUCUACACCUCCAACAUGCCCAUCAUGCUCCAGUCUGCCUUGACUAGCAACAUCUUCCUCGUCUCCCAGAUGCUCGCAUCUAGGUUCCCCGAGAACUUGCUCGUCCGACUCUUGGGUGUUUGGGAGCCCCUCGAGGACUCUCCCUCCCAGCUCAACGCCGUCUCCGGUAUCGCCUACUACAUGUCCGCCCCCCACUCCCUUACCAAAGCCCUCCAAGACCCCUUCCACACCGCCGUCUACAUCGCCUUCAUCUGCACCGCCUGCGCCGUCUUCUCCAAGACCUGGAUCGAAGUCUCCGGUUCCGGCCCGCGCGACGUCGCCAAGCAGCUCAAGGACCAGAGCAUGACCCUCGCUGGCCAUCGGGAUGCGUCGAUCUACAAGGAGCUCAAGAGGAUCAUCCCCACUGCUGCGGCGUUUGGGGGUGCGACCUUGGGUUUGUUGUCGGUCGUUGCGGAUAUGAUGGGUGCUCUUGGAAGUGGUACUGGUAUCUUGAUGGCUACUACCAUCAUCUACGGCUACUUUGAGAUGGGUGUCAAGGAGAACGCUGGUAUCGACGCCGGUGGUCUCGGCGACCUUCUCUUCUAAGCCUCGCAAUCGUUUGCUGUAACACAUCCGACCUCCCCCUUUCUUCCCGGCGGUCGUCAUGUGAUAUCAAGCGUUGUGUUUCUUCUUGGGCGAGUGAUUAACGUGGAGUAUGAGGCGUUGGGAUAGGAUAGGAUGGGAUGAGAUGGGUUAAGGAGAGAUGCAGAGGGUUGAAGGUUGUGGGAAAAAGGUAACGAUUUAGCAUGGUUUUUAUACAGCUAUCGGAUACGAUUAUCUUCGCUCUGAAAUGAAAAAAAAAUAUUGCAUCUGUA